AUGAAGCUCCCACUCCCAUUCAUCGCUCUUUUAGUAUCUCUUCGGCCUUACCUCAUCUCCGCCACGCCAGAGGAAAUCCAAGCAGGACCCCACCGCCCCCUCGUCGACUCGGACGAACUCCAGGCCUCCAUCUCAGCGCACAACCUCCUCGCCCACGCCCGUCAACUCGAUGCCUUCGCUGACCUCACAAGCACAGGCAUCGGCAGGAAUCGCGCAUUCGGGUCCCUCGGCCACAACGCCACUGUUGACUAUAUCAAACAGUUGCUGGACGAGACAGGGUACUAUGACACCUACCUCGAGACGUUCCCCUGGCAGUACUCGGAGAGUAGAGUGCAGUUCUUCGUAGGCGAGGAGCAGUAUGCCACUGCUCCAUUUACGUAUGGUCCAGCGGGGGACGUGGAAGCUCCCAUCGUCCCUGUUAAUGCUCUUGGGUGCACUGCUGCGGAUUUCCCCGACGAAGUAGCGGGCAGCAUCGCCCUUAUCCAGCGCGGCGAGUGCGAGUACGGACUAAAGGUCGCUUUGGCGGGUGCAGCCGGCGCAUCCGGUGCCAUCCUCUACAACAACAUCGACGCAGGCUUUGGGAGUGGAGGGUCACUGGCCCAGCCUAGUCGGCCCGUCAUAGGCCCUUACGUUCCAGUUGGCGGUAUCUCAGGUGUGCAAGGAAAGGCGUUGAUAGCUGCCAUCGAGGCUGGCGAAGAGGUGGUGGGAAAGAUCCAAGCGACUGGCUUCACUGAGGUUCGGUACUCGAGCAAUGUCAUCGCCACGUCAAAGAGUGGAGACAAGGAUAACAUCGUUUUUGCUGGAGCGCAUAGCGAUUCCGUUCCCGCUGGUCCUGGUAUCAAUGACGACGGAUCGGGAACCAUCGCCGUCCUCGAGAUCGCACUCCAUCUCACCAAGUACCGCGUCAACAACGCCGUUCGUUUCGGUUUCUGGACAACAGAAGAAUUCGGACUCGUAGGUUCCGAACAUCAUGUUUCCAACCUCUCGGAUGAAGAACGCCAGAAGAUUGCGCUAUACCUCAACUUUGACAUGCUCGCCUCACCCAAUGCGGCGUACUUUGUGCAUGACGGGGAUGGGAGCACGUUCGGUCUUGUAGGUCCUCCGGGAAGCGAUAAGAUCGAGAAGUUGUAUCAGGGCUGGUAUGAGGCGAGGGGACUGAAGACUGCCGCAGCUGCGUUUAGUGGGUCAAGCGAUUACGAUCCGUUCUUGCAGGUCGGAAUUCCGGUGGGCGGUGUUCUCACAGGCGCUUCGGGUCUGAAAACAGCAGAAGGAGUCGAGCAGUGGGGAGGUGAGGUUGGCGUUGCCUACGACAAGUGCUACCACCUGUUGUGCGACACAGUGGAUAACCUGAACGUUCCCUUCUGGGUCAACAAUGCCAAGGCUGCGGCUCAUUCCAUCGCUAUAUACGCUCGUUCAUUGGACGGUAUCCCGCGGGAGCAGCGAGCCUCGGUGGCCAGUCUUCCUAUCACCAGGAUGUCCUGGGAGGAGCGCAGGCAUUUUGCUUGUAACCAUCCUGUCUCCUACGUGUAG